CUAACUCACCCUAUUUUCGGGCCGAAUCGAUAUUGAUCACCUCUAUUACACAGUGUAUUUUUUAAAACCAUACACUGAACCAUUUCCUUUUGUAUUUUAAUUUUUUUUUGGAUAUAAGAAGCUAAAAGUGAAACGAAUAUACAUUAAUUAUACACCAUCGGAGUUAUUGAGUAUAUUAAAAAAUGCUGCAUAUAACAUUAACUUUUUUUUUUUUGGUUGAAAUAUACUUAUUUAUUAGAUUGUGUGAGUAAAACGCUAAUUUGCAAAACCUCCUAGCAAAACCUCGAUCAAAUUUGGAGUAUUUAAGACAAACAAUAAAGUUCCAACGUUGAACAUUUCAAACAGUCUUUCUGUCCAGUGUUGCAAUAAAACAAGUGUUCCCCAGAUCAAAUAUGCCCAUUAAGAAAGAACCUUGCAGAAAUUUUCUGCGUGGGAGCUGUCGUUUUGGUGAUAAAUGUAAAUUCUCUCACGCCACUCAGCAACAGCCAAAAUCCAAUGCUUUUGGGUUUGGUUCACAGACUGCCACAACUUUCCAGCAGCAGAAGCCCAAUCCCUUUGGUUUUGGUGUCCAAAAUGGUGGUCCAACCGGUGGUUCUUCAGGGGGAUUUGGGCAACCGAAUUCAAAUAAGCCUUUUGAGAAUAAAUGGGUUCGCUCAGAACAGCCCCAGAAUCAGUCUCAGGCCGCUAGUCACAAGUGUACAGAUCCGGAUUCUUGCAAGCGUCUUAUUGCUGAAGAUUUUCAGAAUGAGAGUCCACUUUGGAAGCUAACAUGUUAUGGACAUUUUAAAUACUUUCCAUGUGAUAUUACCGGUGAUAUUAGUUAUGAAGAGUUGCGGGCAGUGGCAUAUGAUGAUGCUAAACGUGGCACCAGUUUGCAGUCAAUUGUUGAAAGAGAAAGGGGUUUAGUGAAUUCUAAGAAGAUCGAAUUUGAAAACUUGCUUAAAAAUCCAUAUACAAAGAAUACACUUCCUGCUCAGCCGAACCAAAGUUUAUUUCCAGCAGCUAACGCCAGCUCACCAUCACCGACGCUUCAAAAUAGUGGUUUUUCUUCAUUUGCAUCUUCAAAUCAACAGAGUCCAUCUCCUAACCUUUCAUUUGGUGUGAGGCCUUCUACUCCAUCAAACAGUGCUUUUGGGCAGUCCCAAGGCCCUGGCCCAUUUGGAGAAAAUAGCACUCCUUCAGGUCCCUUUAGCACUCAAGUUUCUGCACAACCAGGUGGAAUUCAGCCUGCUGCCAACAAAAGUGGCUUCGGCAAUAGUGGCAUGAGUAGUCAAGGUAUUUUUGGCACUCAAGUUCCUGCACAGCCAGGAGGAAGUUUUGCUGCCAACACAAGUGGCUUCUUUGGCAACAGUGCCAUGAGAGGUCAAGGCAGUCUAUUCCCUGCGCAAGCAGGGGGGAGUACCUUUACUCCUCAUGCUGUAGGCUUCAAUAAUAUUGGAAUGAAUAGUCAAGGGCCUCAAGUGCCAGUGCAAACAGGUGGAGCUCCAAUUACUUCCAACACAGGAGGCUUUGGUAAUAGUGGUAUAAAUAGUCAAGGCAGCCAACUACCUUCAACUUCAUCAGUAUCACUUCAUACUCAGACUCCUGCAGUCAACAAUUCUACUACAAUUUUCAAUGGAUUUGUUGCUGCUAAUGGAUCUCAACAAACGACAGACAACAAUCCUCCAGAGAUCUCAGCUGUAGAUGCAAGCAUUUGGUUGAAGCAGGAGUGGAAGCUUGGAGAGAUUCCAGAGCAACCACCUCCGGAAGCUUAUGUUAGAUAGAGUUUUAUGGCUUAGAGGGUAUUUGGACUUGCUCAAGAACAAAAGGUACAAGUGAGGAGGCUUGCUAAUGAUCGUUGAUGUCUAAAGAAAGAGUAGCUGCUAUGAAGUUCACAGUUCAUAAACUGAUAUAUUUUCUCGAUCCUAUCAUAUAGGUUGUGAUUUUUGUGAACAUUUUGUUUUCAACAUGAAUUGAUAGAUUAGCGUUCUAACGCCUACACACAUGUUAAUAGGUUUUAGGGAAUCACAUUUUAUCUGAGGUUUCAGCUACUUGCAAUGAAGGCAUCAUAUUAUAAUGUAAAUGAAGAUAGAUACAACUGACAAACUUACUCUUGGUUUCACGAAAAAGUUUUGGGUUUGUCCAUGAGGCCAAACUUUAAUCUCCACUUGUUUAGUUUUGUUUCUGAAA